AUGAUCCGCCUAAUCGCCACCAUUAUUCUCUGUGCGGCUGCUCUCGCCCACCCGGUUGACGACUCCAGUCCUUCAUUCCCAUCGUUCCGGUCCACGGCGCGCCCAAGAGCAACCCACGAUGAGGCGCGCGCCCUGCAGCACCGACAGGCCGGGUUGACAGUAACCGUCGACUUGUCCAAGACGUACCAGACCAUCGACGGCUUCGGGACGUCGCAGGCCUUCCAGCGGGCGGUGCAGAUGAGCAAGCUGCCCGAGGCCGAGCAGCGCCACGCGCUCGACCUCCUCUUCAGCACCACCAAGGGUGCCGGGCUGUCGAUCCUGCGCAACGGCAUCGGGUCGUCGCCCGACAUGUCGUCGGACCACAUGGUGUCCAUCGCCCCCAAGAGCCCGGGCUCGCCGAGCAAGGACCUGAUAUUUGCCUGGGACGGCUCCGACAACAAGCAGCUCUGGGUUUCGCAGGAGGCGCAGCACACGUACGGCGUGCAGACCAUCUACGCCGACGCCUGGAGCGCCCCGGGAUACAUGAAGACCAACGGCAACGACGCCAACGGCGGGUCGCUGUGCGGCGUCAGCGGCGCGACCUGCUCGAGCGGCGACUGGAAGCAGGCCUACGCCAACUACCUCGUCAGGUACAUCCAGUACUACAAGGAGGCCAACGUCACGAUCACCCACGUCGGGUUCCUGAACGAGCCCGAGCUAACGACAAGCUACGCAUCGAUGCGCUCCAACGCGCAGCAAGCGGCCGACUUCAUCAAGGUGCUCUACCCAACACUACAGAAAGCCAACCUCAGCAGCGUGGGGAUCAACUGCUGCGACGCGGAGGGGUGGCAGAGCCAGGCGGGGAUGCUUGGCACGCUCAAAUCCGUCGACGACAUGCUCUCGGUGAUCACGGCGCACAGCUACACCUCGUCGCCGUCGUCGCCCAUGAACACCAAGCACAAGACGUGGCAGACCGAGGCUGGCGACCUGCAGGGCGCGUGGACGAGCGCGUGGUACAGGAGCGGCGGGGCCGGCGAGGGGUGGACGUGGGCCAACAACGUGUACACGGCGCUGGUGAAUGCCAACGCCUCGGCGUACCUGUACUGGGUGGGGGUGCAGGCCGGCAACACCAACUCGCACAUGGUGCACAUCAGCAACGGCAAGGUCGAGGCAUCGAAGCGCCUGUGGGCGCUGGGCCAGUGGAGCCUGUUCGUGCGGCCGGGCGCCGUGCGCGUGGGCACGUCGGGCAGUGCGAGCGGCGUCAAGACGGCCGCUUUCAGGAACCAAGACGGCUCCGUGGCCGUCGUCUUCCUCAACAGCGGCGGCAGCGCUGCCAAGGUGGGCGUCAAGCUGGCGUCGGGCGGCGGCAGCGGCGACAAGGCCAAGGCUUGGUACACCGACAACACGCACGAGGCCGCGGAGCUCGACGCCAGCGUGGCCGACGGCGUCGCGAGCGCGAAUAUCCCCUCGCGCGCCAUGGCCACGAUUGUGCUGUAUCCGGCGGGCAGUGCUAGUUCGGCCUCGAAGGAGUCGAGGCCAGCGUAG